AUGGCUGCUAAAAGCACUCUGUCAGAAGAAGAGUUUUCAUGUCCUGUGUGCUGUGACAUCUUCAGGGCUCCUGUUAUACUGUCAUGUAGCCAUAGUGUGUGUAAGACCUGUCUGCAGAAAUUCUGGGAAUUGAAGGGAUUUCGAGAAUGUCCACUUUGUUGGAGAAGAUCCUCUAAAUCUGACCCUCCCUGUAAUUGUGUGCUAAAGAACCUGUGUAAGGUUUUUCUAGAGAGUCAGAGACAGAGAGUUUCAGCAGGGUCUGAGGUGCUCUGCAGUCUGCACAAUGAGAAACUCAAAGUCUUCUGUCUGGAGGACAAACAGCCUAUGUAUGUGGUGUGUCAGUCUUCAAAAAAACACAAAAAUCAUGACUGCUGUCCAGUAGAUAAAGCUGUGUGUGACUUUAAGAAUAAACUCAAGACCUCUUUGGGGCCUCUACAGCAGAAUCUGAAAGCCUUAGAGGAAGUCAAACAAACCUGUGAUGAAACAGCAGCCCACAUUAAGGUGAAACAUUAUUCUGAAUUAUUAGUUCACCACACCCCAAAUGAACCUGAGAAAGUGUCAGCAGCUCUGAUCAAUGUUGCAAAACAUUUUUCCAACCUGAAGUUCAGAGUCUGGGAAAACAUACAGAAGACUCUCCAGUACACUCCUGUUACUCUGGACCCCAACACUGCCCAUCCACACCUCCACCUGUCUGAUGAUCUCACUACUGCAGAACGUAGACCACAGACAUCACUGCUUCCUGACAAUCCAGAGAGAUUUGAGGUGUAUCCGUGUGUCCUGGGCUCUGAGGGCUUUAACUCAGGGACACACUGCUGGGAUGUUGAUGUUGGAGGCAGUGAGUACUGGGCACUGGGUGUAAUUAGAGAGUCUGAAUCAAGAAAGGGAUCAUCUGUCUGGAGUUCAGUGUGGAGUCUAUGCUACAGUAAAAGCAGUGAUGAAUACUGGAUAAGCUGCCCAGGACAGGCGGAUCAUGUCCUCACACCCACAGAGAAACUGCAGAGGGUCAGAGUGCAGCUGGACUGCGAAUGGGGGAAAGUGGCAUUCACUGAUCUUAUAACCAGUACACACCUGCACAUGAUAACACACACUUUUACCAAUAGAAUUUUCCCAUUAUUCUUUAAUUACAGUUCCCCUUUAAGGAUAUUGCCAGCAAAGAUAUCAGUAACUGUAGAAAACCAGUCUGUGGUUUGUAGAACAUGUUGUCACUGUCCACUACCUGUGUAA